AUGCCUCGGGUUCCCACCGAAAGCAGAGUAACAAUAGAGCCAAGGAAGAUUGGCUCAAAGAAAGUUCGUCCUUGCGAUAAUUGUCGACGUCAAAAGCAUUCGUGCCAUAUCAAUGUCCCUGGUCAGCCAUGUACUGAUUGUGCUGCGAGAAACAAAGAGUGUACAUUUAUCGCCCCUCCUAUGAAGAGGCAUGGUAAGACUCCGCCAAAAGAAUCCUCAAUCAGUAAGGAAGGUAUAGGGUCGACCUCCUCACAAGGAUCGGAUGACGCAUAUUAUGAUUCACUUGAUAUGGAAUAUGACGAUUACGAAGAAUCACAUUAUCUUGGACCGUCAGCGAUAGCUGCGAAUUCUCUUGCUGCUUCUUUAUCUGGUGGUUCAGGAACCGGGCAGAAAUUUCGACAGGUAUCAGAUGGUCCUUUACCUGCACUAUUCGUGCGUAAUCCAGCGUUACUAUAUGGCAGACUCGGUCCUCCUGCUGGAACACAGAAACUCUUGGAUGAAUGCGUGGCGCUACUUGGAGCGGAGAAGGCUGAACAUACAAUACAAUUGGAACCUGGAAGUGGAACAUAUCCAGCAACUUUCCUGGCGGCUCUGAUGGCUCAUACUACCUAUACAUAUCUUCCUAUGGAAAAAGCAAAAUCUGUGGAAGUGUGGUCAAAAGUUCUAGCAGCGUUCGAAGAUGAAUAUCGUCUUCCACGUUUGAUCACAUUACAAACGACUUUGAUGGUUUUACUUUCGAAUCCUCAUGAAAAUCACGCGCAGAACAGUAUAACAUUGGGAAGGUUGACACAUGGCGAUCAUAUAUUCAAGGGCGUCCAGCUUACCCAAGAGAAACAGUCCAUGUUAUCGUUUAUUGGAAUGGCUAAGUUAUGCGUUAUACUGGAAAGGAUAACACAAAACUUCCAAACGGUCCAAGCGGUUGUACAACCUCCCAGGGAACCCUUUCGGUCUCUAUUAUUAGAAAGCAUCGCGAGUGACCUGGAUGAAUUUGAUGAAUGGCUCGAGCCGGAGCUGAGGUUACCGAUCACGCCGAACGUAACGUCCAAAUCGGCUGGAGUCCGAUCGAUGCAGGCUGCUCAUUUAGGUGUGAAGAUUGCUCUUAUACGGCUGACAUUAGGGGAACCAGGGGAUACAGCAUAUGAAGUGGAAGGUUGUCUCAAUUCGGCUCUUCAGAUAGGAACGGAAUUAGUAGAGUUUCUGGAAGCUAUAGACUCAGAAGAUCGCGCUACAUUUUGGUUUCCAUAUUCAGCUUUCCACUUCCUCAAUGGCGCAGCGCUGCUGGUCAGAGUGACAGUGAAAGCGGGUACUACACACCCAAUGAUCAACUUUGAAGCUGGAAAUGUCUUGACGCGAUUAGCGACGAUUAUUAGAGCUGGAUAUGUUGUCACAUGGCCAACCGCGGUCACGGCAAAAGGUCACUUCGAGUUACUCCUUCGAUCUCUUGAAGGCCAUUUACCAUUGGCUCAGACUUUACUAUCCAUUCUGAGCGAUCCUCCCCCUCAAGAUCAGUUGUUGACCGAUACCUGGGGAAUUGACAUGAACGCUUUUCUGCCCCCUAUGACCGAUGUGGAACAACAAUUAUGGAGCAGUUUAGGUUGGUUAUGGGAUACUCAAGGUCUACAAUCAUAG